AUGUGUGACGAAGAAGUAGCCGCUUUGGUCGUUGACAAUGGAUCCGGUAUGUGUAAAGCCGGAUUCGCCGGUGAUGACGCACCCCGUGCUGUAUUCCCCUCAAUCGUGGGAAGGCCAAGACAUCAGGGUGUAAUGGUUGGUAUGGGGCAAAAAGACUCAUACGUUGGAGACGAAGCACAAUCAAAGAGAGGUAUCCUGACUCUUAAAUACCCAAUUGAGCACGGUAUCGUCACCAACUGGGAUGACAUGGAGAAAAUUUGGCACCACACUUUCUACAACGAGCUCCGAGUUGCGCCUGAAGAGCACCCCGUUCUCCUUACCGAGGCUCCAUUGAACCCAAAAGCCAACCGUGAGAAGAUGACGCAGAUCAUGUUCGAAACUUUCAACACACCUGCUAUGUACGUCGCUAUCCAGGCUGUGCUUUCUCUCUACGCUUCUGGUCGUACCACUGGAAUCGUUCUCGAUUCCGGAGACGGUGUCUCGCACACAGUGCCCAUCUACGAGGGUUACGCUCUACCUCACGCUAUCCUCCGUCUCGACUUGGCUGGACGUGAUCUCACCGAUUACCUUAUGAAGAUCCUCACCGAGAGAGGAUACUCUUUCACCACCACCGCCGAGCGUGAAAUCGUUCGUGACAUUAAAGAAAAACUUUGCUAUGUUGCUCUGGACUUUGAACAAGAAAUGGCCACUGCUGCUUCAUCAUCCAGCUUGGAGAAGAGCUACGAACUUCCUGACGGACAGGUCAUCACCAUCGGAAACGAGCGAUUCCGUUGCCCAGAGGCUCUCUUCCAGCCCAGCUUCUUAGGAAUGGAAGCUUGUGGUAUCCACGAAACCACCUACAACUCGAUCAUGAAGUGCGACGUCGACAUCCGUAAGGACUUGUACGCCAACACUGUCCUCUCUGGAGGUACCACCAUGUACCCAGGAAUCGCCGAUAGAAUGCAAAAAGAAAUCACUGCCCUGGCUCCAUCCACCAUGAAGAUCAAGAUAAUUGCUCCCCCAGAAAGAAAAUACUCCGUAUGGAUCGGUGGUUCCAUUCUUGCUUCUCUGUCGACCUUCCAACAGAUGUGGAUCUCUAAACAAGAGUACGACGAGUCUGGACCAUCCAUCGUCCACAGAAAGUGCUUCUAA